UUUCAUGACGCAGGCCCUCAGGUCUGCAGAACGUCUGGACCACGUCUAGUGUUCACAUCGAGAGGACGGAAAAAUUCACAUUCCUUCCGAUUUUGGCUCAAACUCACCAGUUUUGUCAGUUUUUCGGACUAGGGGGACGUUAUUUCGUACAUAUUUGCCGUCAAUCCUCGGCAAAUGUUGUUCAUUUAGAAGAUUUCGGGCGUUGUUUGGGCUCGAGUCGGGGCCCAACCUCCUAGGCUUGUUUGCUUUCUUGUCCAUACUUUGGAUAUUCAAUAUUCAGAAUAUGCUAAUUAGCGAGUAGGGCGCGAGUUUCAAAUUUUGCAGUUUGCGGGAGAAGGACCAUGGCUGCCACGGAAAGUAUCGUGGCAAGCAAAGAGGUGGAUGUUUCAAUGGACAUUUUGGAUGGCAAGAAAACUCUUGUUGAAGUUGUAGAGGAGGUAGAAGGAGAGGAGCUAGCCAAUCACGGUAGAGAUGACCCAACCGCACUGGACGCAAGAGGAGAUGGGCACAGUUUUCUGCCCAAUCAGGAGAAAGAGGGUAAAAAUGGCGCGGCCAGGCCAGCGAAUCAUCACGCGGAGAGAAACCAACCGGCCGGAAGGGGACAUUUCAAACGACGACAUGCCAGCUCGUCCCACUUCAAACGCGGGGGAGCCCACGGACCACACCACUUGAAAUGGAGACGAAAAACGGUGGAAACAGAGCCUAUUGUACUGCCUAGUGACUUCUUGCUGGGUGGGAGUAUUACCGAUCCACUGAACCUCAACAGCAUGCAGGAUGAAGAAGUAAAUCGCAUGCUGAACGCGGAAACCCCAAAGUCAUCCCCCCUCCCAAACCGUACUGUAGUUGGAGAUGUUGGACUUAUUAUUCCAGGAGAUGUUACGGACCCCUUGCAUCUGAACCAGGAGACUCCCAAAAGCGGUAAAAAGCGUAGGCACAAGCGCAGGCGGAGAAGAAGCGAGGGCGAUUUGGACGACUCGGAGCACUACAUUGAGGAGGAAACUGCAGAAGGAAUCGAAAGUAAACCUCUUUUUACAGACUCCAAGGAAACUAUUUCCAAAGAAGGCUUUCCUGAGCAAAUCCCAGGAGGAAAAGACAAGGACAGAGUCUCACCGAAGGAGAAAGUAUCACCAGUCUCGCUUUCCCACAGUCACAAGCGAACGCGAACCAACAGUGGAAGAACAGACGAAGGACAGGUUACCCCAUCCUCCGAUACAAAUCACACUCCAAAGCGUCGCUCCAAAAGCGGAGAGAAGGAAAUGAUUUCGAUGGAGGAAAUUGUUUCGCCAGUCAUAUCUCCGGACCACGAGAAAAGACGAGGUGUUGAGCCAACCAGGAUCGUUUCCCGCGCCCUUCUCAUCGAGAAUCACCCCUCGUCGAAAGAACACCGUUCGCAUCGCCGAACCCCUGACAAGGGCAGAGGGAACCAUGUUGGUAGCCAGCACAAGAAACUACCAGACCAAGGGGUGGCAGCUCCGCGCUUUCGUACAAAGGACCAGCUUUUCCAAUAUGGCAACUACGACCGCUACUACGGUUACCGCAACCCUGCAAAGGAAGAAGAUGUCCGCUUGAGCUAUUUCAGACCGGAUUGGUUCAAGGGUUUGGACGUGCUGGACAUUGGGUGCAACGCUGGACACCUAACACUUAGCAUAGCGAGAGACUAUGCUCCGAGGAAGAUAGUAGGAAUGGACAUAGACCAGAAUCUCAUUCGCGUGGCACGACGCAAUAUCAGACACUACCUUGCUCCCGAGGCGCGGGAUUCGUUCCCGGUUUCCAUGGCGAUACAGUAUGGUCCAAUGGCAGCGGGAGGGCUGGUCGGUGAACAGGAGGCGAAACAGUUUCCUAACAAUGUGUUUUUCACACAGGCUAACUACGUCCCAGACAGCGAGUCCCGUGUUCAGGCCCAGCAGCCCCAGUAUGACGUCAUCCUGGCCCUCAGUCUCACCAAGUGGAUCCAUCUGAACUGGGGGGACGCCGGCAUGAAGCGAACCUUCCAGCGCGUGUUCCGACAGCUUCGCCCCGGCGGGCGCUUCAUCGUGGAACCACAGCCCUGGAAGUCUUACGGACGCAAGAAGAAACUGACGGAACGGAUCUUCACCAACUACAAGCAGAUCCAGUUCCGGCCGCACCAGUUUGUGGAGUACCUGCUGUCGGCAGAUGUCGGCUUCAGCAGCUGUAGACAGCUGGAGGGGCCACGCAACAAGUCUAAAGGUUUCAACCGACCAGUGUACAUGUUGACCAAGGCCACAGCUGCUCCCCCUUGAGACCACAAGCAGUACUGCAGAUCACACUGCCACAGAUCCUAUCCAUACAGCUUAGAGAUUUGAAAUCACGAUAUUCACCUCAAGACUCAAGUUUUCUUCUGUUCUAUUCUUUCUUGAUACAAAAGUAAAUAUCUUAAGUUUCACACUUUUUUGUAGUUGAAUAUAUUAGUUGAGAGACAUAUUUUAUUUU